AUGAGACUGAGCUACAUCGCUUCUAGGUUAAAGCCCAAGCGACGAGGAGUCCUCAAGAGAGGAACACCCGGCUUGAGAAUAUGUAGAAAUGAAUGCAGACAAUAUAUUUAUGUAGUUUUUGCAAAAUUUUUUGUUGACCAUAUACUAAGUGUUAAGGAUGGAAUGUGGGGUAGUCACUUGAACGGUGGUUGUGUGUUAUACACGGUUACAAGUUAGGAGACUAUUUAGGGACUUAAAAAAGAUUUUAGCUACAACGAGAUUUUAAACAACCUCAAAAAGGAAUUCUGGUGCAUUGGCACUGUCAUUGAAGACCACGAGUUAGGCCACAUGUCUAUUAAUUAAUUCUCUUGUAUUAUAAAUACUAUAUUUGGAAUUUUUUUAGAGUAACUUAAGGCUAUUUGCAC